CAGUGUCACUGUGUUCUCUCGCCAGUGUCGCCGGUGCUCUGAGGUGCCGUGUGUUCCGUUCGUCUCCCUUCACGCAGGAUUUUGUGUCCGGAAGUUCCAGUGCUUCAAGUUUCCUCGCGCUCGAAGGCUUCGUCUGCUAAGCAUCGCCUGUGCUCCCUGGCCGUGUGGGCUCCCGGUGGUCCUGUGCUCACCGCGGUCGCCGUGGCCUUGUGCUCCCGCCCAUCGACACAAGAGAUGUCCGACUCGGCGGAUCCGCAGCUGCGCCACUCGGUCAGCUCAGUGGUGGACACCGCGGUGCGGCCCGUCUUCUGGGCCAGCCAGACGUCACUGGAGCAGGAGUCGGAGACAGUGGCCGAGUGGCUCGACGCCAUCAUCAGUCCCACCAGCAGACGGAAGACCCGUGAGAAGGCGCGCACGGCGUCUGGCGGCGACUCCGACGAGGAUGUGGUACCGCUGCUGCGCACCAUAUCCGUCGACGACACCGACGCAGAGCGCGAGGAGGGCCGGCGGGGCCGCGCCGGCAGCCAGGGCCCCGACGAGGUGUUCACCGCCAGCCCAGGUGGCUACGGCGGCUCGGUGGACGCGGGCCAGGUCGCGCAUGCGCCGUCGUCGCCGUCGCGCCGCGAGUCCGGCGCCGGCACCGAACAGACGGAAAGUCAGCGCAUCAGCACCUACAAGCACGUGGUGAAGAACGUGCUGGACUCGGAGAACAUGUAUGUCGAGUGCCUGAGCGUCACGCUGCAGUACAUGAAGGUGCUCAAGUCGACGAUCGCCACCUCACAGCCUGUGAUAUCGCAAGACGACUUCAACUCCAUCUUCUUCAAGAUCCCCGAGCUGCACAGCUUGCACGCCGAGUUUCUGCGCGGCCUGCGCGAGUCGACCACCGACUGGGACGGCUACUCACCCAUCGGGCACCGCUUCAAGUUCCUGGCGGAGAAUAUGGGCGUGUACGGCGCCUACCUGCAGAACUACCGGCACGCGCUGGAGACGGUGCGCCGCUGCUCGGCCAGCAGCGUCCAGUUCGCCGAGAUCACGCGCUGUAUCAAGCUGCGCUCGCUGCACGGCCAGACACUCUCGCUGGAGGAGUUGCUGCACAAGCCUGUGGCACGCGUGCAGCAGAAUGCGCCUGUCCUGCAUGAUUUGCUCAAGUACCUUCCUCAGAGCCACCCGGACCACCGGACGAUGGGUCUGGCGCACGCGCUCACAAUGACCCAGUCCUUCAUCAACAAGUACAACGUCGCUGCCUCCCGACUGCCGUGCUCGGAGAGGAUGCAGCGGCACGUGGUGAAGAACUCGUUCAUCGUCGAGAUGUGCGACAGCCACCGGAAGCUGCGGCACCUGUUCCUCUUCAACGACGUCAUGGUCUGCGCCAAGUACAAGGCGAGCGGCCGCAACGACAAGUUCACUUUCGAGGUCAAGUGGCUGACUCCGCUGGCCGAGAUAGUGUCCAACUGUGACGACCUACCGGCCGAGCCGCGGGACCGCGACACGUCCGCCUCCAGUCUGGUAACGCUCAAGUCUCAGGCGUCAACCGUGCGUGACCAGAUCCGCGCGCAGGAGCGCUACUACGGCCUGCAGGGGUGCAAGCGGGCCGACCAGAAGACGGAGAAGCAGCGGAAGAAGCUGGCGGACCUGGAGGCGCAGUUGGUGCUGGCCUCGCCCAACCUGCCCUUCCGCGUCUCCAGCCGGAACGGAAAGCACCAGGCGCUCUUCUUCCUGUCGUCCGAUUUUGACCGCACCCAAUGGUCGGAGGCUAUCCAUGUACUACAGACGAACACGCCGCCCAGCCUGCAGGCCCAGCCGGUGGCGUUUGACGAGGUGCAGGCGUGGAUCACCACCUACCGCAAGGACCUGCAGACCAACAUGGGCUCGUACCUGAUGCGCACGGGACGCGACGAGUCGCUGCUGGUCGGCGACCUGCACGUGAUGGUCCAGCAGGUCACCGGUCUGCAGGAGGAGGCAGAACUCUUCAUCUGCUUUGAGGUGGACUCGUACGGGCACUUCUUCCGGAAGGCCAAAACGAAGCCGAACCGCAGCAUCGCGCCUCAGUGGAACGAGGACUUCAUACUAGAGCUGGAGGGCUCCCACAGCCUGCGAAUUCUCUGCUACGAGAACGACGCCAAGGAGGGCCAGAUUCUGCGGGGUCGUGCUCGGACAGAGCUGAGCCGCAGCUGGCUCACCACGUCCAUGCAGGAGCGCACGGUCAAUCUGGAGGGCCUGACGCUGACGCUCUCCGUUAAGUACGCCUCCUACGAGAUGACCAAGCGCAGGCCCCCGCCCGGCAAGAGCAACAGGCUCUUCGGCAGCAAAAUACAGGACGUCUGCAGGCGGGAGGACCGUUCUGUGCCGUUCAUCAUCACCAGCUGUCUGCGAGAGGUGGAACGGCGCGGCACCAACGAGAUGGGCGUCUACCGCGUCUCCGGCUCCGCCACCGACAUCAACCGGCUCAAGAAGCUUUUCGAGACCAACAUCUACGAGGCGGAGCAACUGAUCAAGGAGGUGGACAUCCACUCGGUGACGGGCCUGCUGAAGCUGUACCUGCGCGAGCUGCCAGAGGCGCUCUUCACCGACGAGCUAUACAGCCGCUUCUUCAACGCUUUCGGCGGCGGCGACCACGAGCUGCGCCGACGCCGCCUGCUGCACCUGUUCUCGGCGCUACCACAGCUCAACCAGAGCAUCAUCGUGUAUCUGAUCGAACACCUGAUCAGGGUGAACCGGGCCGAGAUGUUCAACAAGAUGUCUCUGCACAACCUGGCGACAGUGUUCGGGCCGACGCUGCUGCGGCCAGGCCCGCAGGCGGACGGCGCCGUGCAGCCCGACCUGCUGGCCGCCGGCACGGUCGACGUGAUGGCGCAGGCCGGCAUCCUCUACUUCUUCCUGCAGCGGCGCAGCAACGGCGAGCCCAUCCAAGUCGGCCUCGAGCCAACCGCCAGCUGAGAGCGAGGCGAGACGAGACGCGGCGAGGCGGCGGUGGGUGACCGCAGACCGGGCGGACUGGGACAGCGUGCCGGCCGCGCGGUCACGCGUGUCGUCGACGGGCUGUUGACCGCGCAGUGACGACGGCCGCGGUGGUGAUGCCGUAGCCACGCGCCCUGGAGCCGCUGGUGUGGUAAAUGGCGGAUGUCUGAGAGCACCUUACGUCUCCGGCUCCCAACAGCGGGAGCUGAGGCGCGCAGUGUAAUUUGUGAGACCCAUGGAGUCCAUGGACGCUUGCCUUCGUUUCAAGACACGGACGAAUAGUUCUUCCCUACGACGUAAAGCGUCAAAUACCAACGUCGUUUCGGUUGUACGACAUCAUUGCGCUACUUCCAUAUCACCAGAGGUGAUCGGUCCACCACGCUGUGGCGCCGUAGCUGCGGCGCCGACCGCACCAGCGCUGGGCAGGACGGAACGUAGCGGUGCCGUGUUUAUUCCGCUGCCGGGGUCCAGGCGCGGCGCUGAUGUAGCCGCGGCGCUGAUGUAGCCACGGUGUUGAUGCAGCCGCGGCGCUGAUGUAACCGCGGCGCUGAUGUAGCCGCGGCGCUGAUGCGACCACGUGACUGAUGUAGCAGCGGCGUGGAUGUAGCCGCGGCGCGGAUGAAGCCGCAGCGCUGGUGUAGCCGCGGCACUGCUGGGGCGGCGUCGCUCGGCGUGGCGCCGGGCCGGUGCGCGGGCCCGGCCUCAAGAGACGGCCGGCCGCGCGGAGAGCCGGCCAGGGGCGCCGCUGUGAUGGAGAACAAGGGACCACAGAGGGGCGUGCCGACGCGAGUGACCGGGCUGCCCCGUUCGGCUGUAGCGCGUGCUGCCCCGUCCGGCUGUAGCGCGUGCUGCCCCGUCCGGCUGUAGCGCGUGCUGCCCCGUCCGGCUGUAGCGCGUGCUGCCCGCAUGCCGGGUGUCGAAUCCGUUAAGUGUUUAAACUAGUCACAGCUUGUGAUGGAUAACGUCGGACUAUCCAUGACCCCGCAUAAUGUUUGUACGUGCAUUUCGUUACGUGUGCCAAGUGUAUCAGUCUGGCGUGUACAGCAUCAAAGGCGCGCCGCGUCCCGCGCGGCGAGCCCUUUAUUUUCGCCUCCUCGUUUUGAUAUGUGACGUGCUGUUGGAAAGCGGUUGUGCGCUUUUAAUGCGACGCGUUUGGAAAUGCUUUUGCACAGCUCUGUGCAUUGUAUUAGCCAUGUUUUGGUAUCUAUGAAUAAAUGCGUCGUGCAUGAUC